AUGAGGUUUUCAAUACAGAUUUUAUUACUUUUAAUUUAUUGUUUUAUCUCGUGCACUGGAUAUUCAGGUGAAUAUUUUUUAAAAGAAGACAGACCCUAUGAUCCGUUUGAAAUCAGAAUUCCGCAAACAAUAUGGCGUCAAGCAUUACGUCCCACUCCAGUCUUAAAGUCACCUGUUACCAUUGUAGUACCGGUUCAUGUGCAAAGUGAAGAAGAUUAUAUUGAAGCUGAUGAAGAUGAUCUACAAGAUACAACAGAAACUGUUCAAGUAGAAGAGACCACUGUGCAAAGUGAUCCUAUAGUGGAAGACCCGGUUGUAGCCAACGACACUGUGGUAGCAAAUGCUACUACAGUAGAAGAUGAAAUAAUUACAACAACUACACCAGCACCUGAAGAAGUAACGGGGCAAGUGUUUCGGUUUCCAUGCGCUUGCAGAAAUGGCGAAUGUGGAUGUUGUACUGGUGCUAUUUUACAGAGAUUUAAUAUGAAAGCAUGUGGAAAUAUUUCAUUUAUCCCUGAAGAUUUUGUUUUUGAUGUAAGACUAAGUGUUAACAAUAGAACCGUUGUCCGUAGAAGAGUUUCAGCAAGUGAUCCUCCGCCAAUAUGUUUCAAUCCGGGAAGGGCUCCGUUUGUAGAAAUUUGUGCAGAAAUAUCAAAUAUCAGGAUACGCAACAGAAACGCUUACGCCUGUUUGGAUAUCGAUGCAAACAUUGGCGGGUUUCCGGUUUACUCGGCUUCAUUCAGGUGUUUCGGGUUAGGAACAAAAGGAAUACAAACAGGUCUAAAACCGAAGCCAGUUUCGUCUGGUCCGAAACCCGUCAGUUUGUUCGGAGGCGGUGGUGGCGGAAGCAGCAGCGAUGAUGGCGGUGGCAUUUUGGGAAACGUAGCCGGAGCUGUUCUAGGGGAAGAGGGUGGAAUCUUCGGAGGUGGAGGUUCUGAUGAUGAUGAUGACGAUGACGAUGGGCCUUUUGGAGCGAUUGGCGAUGCCGUUGGAGACUUGUUUGAUGGAAGAAAGUUGAACUAA